AUGUUUUGGAUAUUUCUUGUUUUCGGAAGAUCAGAAAUAUCAUAUUACAACUUAUUACCUCCAUUCAAAUUAAACUAUGGAUGUGAAGUUGGUAAUUGGACUGUAUCAGGUAAUACAAUUGUUCAAAAUCAAUAUAUUCAAUUAAUAUCUCACGUUGAAUAUGAUCAUGGAGGAAUAUGUAAUCGUAUUCCCACAUAUGCCGAACAAUGGGAGGUGACCUCCGAGUUUUCACCAGGAGGAACUGGUGGAGAAGGAAUUUCAUUCUUCCAUACUCGUGAGUUAUGCUCACAAAACAUAGAUGAAUACACUGGAAUGGCAAUAUUCAUUAAUAUCUCCGAAAUAAAUAGCGGAUUACUCCCUGUUUUCUAUAGAUAUGUUCAUAAUCAAGAUGAUAUUGAGAAAACUUAUCAAUACAUGUGCGAUAUUGAUAACAAAGGGCAUCCCUUUACAAUCAAAAUUGCAAAAACAGGAACCGGAUUUACAAUGUCCUAUAAAACUCCUGUUGAUUUAAAUUAUUCAAAAUGUUUCGAAGUUGAGGAAACAAAUAUGGUCUCAGAAGGCUACUUUUCAUUCCUAAGUUUUAACAGUAAAUAUCACACUGGAGAUCUCGAAUUGCUUGGUGUAGAUGUAAAAUUAAAUUCGCCAUACGAAGAACCUGUUAACGAUACUAGUAACGAAUUAAAUAGGAAAUACUUAGAGAAGUCAUACCAUACUCGUAGAAUCAAAAAAGAAAAGAGAAGAAGUCAAAUGAAGGUUAUUUACAAAUUACUUAAUCAAUCAAUCGAAAACGCUAUGAAACUUGACGGAAACAAUACAGAGCUAAUAGACGCUCUCUUAGAAAUCAAAGAAACAAUUUUCAGAUUGAAAAAAUCGAUUACAAUGAACCAAAUCAAACAGAUAAUUGGCCCAAUACUUCAGCAAAGAUUCCAGCGUAUGAGUUCUGUAAAUGAGCGAGCUUUACAGAUAAAACAAGCAAUUUACAUCCAAAUCAUCAGAAUGUGGAACGAAACCGUUCAGGAUUUGGCCGAUAUCGGAGAUGAAAUAAGAUUUUCUAUGGAUCAGUCGAAAUUAGAAGUUUUGAAUUAUACUCAAGAAUUUUUGAAGCAGCAAGCGAAAUCUAUUUUCGUUGCACAAGCUAUUUCUGAUUCCGAUGAAGAAAGAGCUUCUUCCAUUGAAAGAAUUCUAUUUCUGAUCGUCGCAAUUGAAGUUACGCUAUAUAUCUUGUUUGUUCUUUAUAACAGAUUCAUUGCUGAUUUACUUAAGAAGAUUGAUUAA